AAAUAUCUUCGACGGCAAAUGGCAACACUGAACAUGACAUUCAAUUCAAAAACACUUAUCAUUGCAACAACUUCACUUCAUUGCACAGCAGAAAGUUUUUUGUUGGUCUUCUAGUUGAAAUAGUCUGUUACUGUGAAUCCGGUGGAAAUAUGUUUCGAAAUCAAUACGACAGCGAUGUGACGGUGUGGUCACCCCAAGGAAGACUUCAUCAAGUGGAAUACGCUAUGGAGGCCGUUAAGCUCGGAUCGGCUACAGUUGGUUUAAAGGGCCGUGAUUAUGCAGUUGUUGUUGCCUUGAAGCGCGCCUCAUCCGAACUGGCAUCAUACCAGAAGAAAAUCAUCCCUAUCGAUGACCAUUUGGGCAUUUCCAUUGCUGGCAUCACAGCUGAUGCUCGUGUGCUGAGCCGUUAUAUGCGACAAGAAUGUUUGAAUUACAAGUACUCCAAUGACACCGUCUACCCGGCGUCAAGAUUGAUCAUGAAUCUAGGAAAUAAAAUGCAAUCGUGUACGCAACGCUACGAUCGUCGUCCUUAUGGCGUUGGAUUGCUUGUGGCUGCAUAUGAUGACCAAGGUCCUCAUAUCUACGAAGUCGUUCCCAGCGCAAACUAUUUCUCGGUCAAAGCGAUGUCAAUUGGUUCGCGAUCACAGAGCGCUAGAACUUACUUGGAGAAGCAUUUAGAAAAAUUCAGCCAAUGCUCAAAAGAAGAGUUGAUCAAACAUGGUUUGGAAGCAUUGAAAGGAACGCUGCCCAACGAAGACCUUCUUACCAGUUCUAAUAUCUCCAUUGGAGUAGUCGGAAAAGGAGAAAAUUUCCAUAUACUGGACGACAAAGAGAAUCAAGCUUAUGUCGAUUCUAUUGAAAAAAGAAAGCCUGGCGGUGGGCCUGAUGAUGAUCCUGGUGCAGGUGGUUCUUCAUUGCCUUCUGGACCCGGUCCGAUUGAUCAACCAUCAGCUGCUGAACCGGGGGACCGCGAUCCCUUAGUUGCCGUGGCUAUGGAAACUCACUAAAUGAUGCAAAGGAAAAUGACGACGAUCCGACGGUAAUUUCGCAUUUGAAGCGAGAACAUUUUGUUUCAAGUUUCUGUGACAUUGCUUUGGAUUUUCGUACCAAUUGUGGUGGUUCUGUUAAUUGCGUCGAUGUGUGGGUGGGAAUUUGAAUUUGAUUUUUCAUCGAGUUGUUGAGAUUUAAUUCAAAUUCCCACCCAUCAGACACAUUCAAAAACAAAUUGUAAAGGUCGAUCCUUUCUAUCCAAUCAAUUUAAAAUAUUUUUACCAAUAAAGCGGCUCCAUUAAAUUGUGCAUUACAA